AAAAAAUACAAAGAAAAAAAAAAGAAAAAAAAAAAGAGAAAAAGAAAAGAAAUUCAAUCUUUGUACAUUUUUUUGUUUACAUCUAUAUUUUUUUUAUUUUUUAUAAUUUUCAUUUAUAAAUUAUAGUAAUAUGUUUCCACCUUAUCCUCAAUUCUCAAAUCGCAUCUAUAUCAAUCCAAAGUUUAGUAACACUGGUGCAAAUCCUCAACAAAUGAUGCAACAACAACAACAACAACGUCAGUUUAUGGAAAUGGAAGCACAACGUAUGAUCAUGUUACAACAACAAAUGCAAAUGCAACAUCAACAGGAAAAGCAGCGUAUGGCUGAAUUAGACCAAAAGAGACGUGAAACAGCUGAAAAUAUUAGAAAGAGAAAAGAAGCUAAAGAACAGCUUAAUGGAGAAAAGUCGAAAAGUCAAUUAGGUGAAAAGCGAGAUAGAAAUGAAACUGAUGUAGAGGUGAAUGAUAGACAAUCUAAAAGACAGGAAACAAUGACAUCUUCUAAUGAAGGUGGAAUAUCAAUUAAAGGAGCAGCAUCACGUGUUCAUCAUCAUUCGUCUUUACCACCAAGGAAUAUUCCUUAUACUCCUCCUCAUUAUUCACAAAGAAGGGACGAGUAUAUAUCAAAGAAUAAAGAACAACAUCCUUAUCAUUCACCGCCAAAUAGAAAUGAUAUCAGAAACAGACUUAACUUAUCUUCAGAAAAUAUUACAAGUCGUUUAAAUAAAUCUACCAAUUCAAGUAAUAAGAAUUCACCUGUAUCUAUUGUAGCAACGCCUGUUGUUCCUAUAUCAACCAAUGGCAAAUCAAAUGUGGUUAUUAUUCAGGGACUAAGUUCUAAUACAAAAGAAGAAGAGAUAAAGAAGUUGACUAACAGUAUUCCUGGAGGAGCUAAUGAAAUUAAAUUGGAUGUUAACCUAAAGACAGCCACUGUUAUAUUUCCAACUGUUGAAUCCGCUGUUACGUUUAGAAGAAAAUAUAACAGAAUUCAAAUGGGUGAUUCACAUAUUAAUAUUACAUUUCAAAAAAUAAAAUAAUGUGAAUUUUUUUUUUUUUUUAUCAGUAUAAAAAUAGCUUUUGUGUGUAGUAAUAAUAAAAAUGUGGAGUUUAGAUCAAAAAUUAAAAUAAAAC